GAGUGUGGAACAUAAACCGGAAGCGGCUGGGCAGAGUUUAGCGGAGUUCUCCGACAGCCAUUGCAGUGUCGUGGCUCGCUAACAAAACACGAAAAGGGCUGAAGCAGAUCAGACAGCCGCUGUCAUCUUUUUGACCGAGGUUAAUUUAUGUGACCGUCAGAACGAACGCUCUCGGCAAAUCAGUCUACACCUGAACAGCAGAAUUUACCAGCUCCGGAUAUGUCAUUCCUUUUUGAUUGGAUUUAUAGCGGUUUCAAUAGCGUACUACAGUUUUUAGGACUGUACAAGAAAUCCGGCAAGUUAGUAUUUCUCGGCUUGGACAAUGCUGGCAAAACGACACUACUGCACAUGCUUAAAGAUGACAGAUUGGGGCAGCAUGUGCCAACUUUACACCCAACAUCUGAAGAGCUGACCAUCGCUGGCAUGACUUUUACCACUUUUGACCUUGGAGGACACGCACAAGCCCGCAGAGUGUGGAAAAACUACCUCCCUGCCAUUAAUGGUAUCGUCUUCCUCGUGGAUUGUGCAGACCAUCAGAGACUGGUUGAAUCAAAAACAGAGCUUGACGCAUUAAUGACAGACGAGACCAUCGGUAAUGUGCCUAUCUUAAUCCUGGGCAACAAAAUCGACAGGCCAGAAGCUGUGAGUGAGGAGAGGCUGAGGGAAAUGUUUGGAUUGUACGGACAGACGACAGGAAAGGGAAACAUUCCCCUGAAGGAGCUGAACACGAGACCGCUGGAGGUGUACAUGUGCAGCGUGUUGAAGAGGCAGGGCUAUGGCGAGGGCUUCCGCUGGCUGUCCCAGUACAUCGACUAAAGAGGCCACGCCCCCAUAAUAACACGCCGCCAUCAGCAACAUCGAGAUUGGGGGGGCGCCAAAUCCAACCACUCAAGACGCCCGCCGUUUCCACCAUCAUACUCAGUCCCCAUGUUAAUCAAGUUUGCCUCCAUCUCCAGAGAAACCAGUACAACUCGAUCCCAAUAGACUUUUAUUGGUCGAACAUUUGGUUCCGCACUCAAAAGCAUUCGUACAUCUAGGCUCACCGUCACGUCUUCUUGUCAUCUCUCUUUCUUUUUUUCAAAGAGAGCAAAGGGUGUUCACGUUCAAGCAGAUGAAUCUUUUCUAUUCUGUGUCUGUUGUUUGCUACACUCUGUUCCUCCCCUUCCUGCCAUCUCUUCAGUGUGAUGAUAGAUGCAUUAUAACUACAUCUGUUUAUGGCUAUGUCAGCGAGCCUCCAACUCAUCUGAAGCCAGCCAGAGUGAGCGGCGUAGWUGUAUACAUUGCAGGACACCUCUCUCUUCUUUUAACAGUAAAGAAAUUCACCCAACGUUAUAUUUAAUCAGUGUUUUUGGUUUGUCCUGUUUUUUUUUUUUUUCUGGUUUCAGUAAAUUAAAGACGAGGCCAUGUAGACAGCUCUCACUCAAAACAUUCGGCUGUUUCACUCAUUUAAAGGACUGAAGCAGUGUGUAUCGUAAAUCAGAUCCAUACCUAUUGUGGAAGUUAAUAUACUUGUGUCUCAUAUGCAGAGUAGCUCUGACCGGAUCCAAACAGUUMGUUUUUUAUAAGCAGAAGCACGGGGGUAGUUCUACUGAAAGAGGGGGGAGUUUUAAUUUUUUUCUUUUAAAUAGAAAAACAAUGCAGGCUAUAACUCUGGCAGUGUAGAUAGCACAAUGAUCAAAGUGUUUAAAGAGAAAAAACUUUACAAUAACACCCCAUUACAGAUGAGAGGAGGGGUAAACUGAUGGAAAAUCAAUAUUAGAAAAAUAAACAGCUUAGAUCCUUUAACAGUCAAGUAAAAACAGAGGAGACGGGUAGAUUAACACACUUUUAAAAAAGGGACCACACGUAUGAAAUGUACACAAAUAUCGUACAUGGAUCUUUGUAUUUGUAAGUGGUAUCCUUUGAUCUAUGUGCAUUACCAGGAACUAUUAUGCAUGCCUUGAUUUUCUUUUUCCUGAUUUUUUUAAGACCAAUAUCACUCUACAAGAGGGAACAUGAUGCCAAAAUCAACGAGAAAUGAUUGUCAUGUUUUUUAUUUUUUAAAAGAAAACAAUAGAAUUAAGCAUAAUAAUGUUUCUGUUCCUGUCCCUUUGUCUCUUUCAUUCCCUCAUGACUAAAAGUGAUGAGCUGUUUUCAACAUGGAUGGGACUUGCUGUUGUUUGCAUCAUUAUUAAAAAAGAAAACAUGUAAUAAAUGUUUGCAAUGAAUACCAGGGCUUUAAUACUGA